GUGCAUUAUUACGCAACAUGUUUGGUAACAAACGCGUGCUGCAAACAUCUUGCAGGUUGAAAUAUUUGUCUGCAAAGUAUCAGCAGAACAGCGCAUGCUGCUAUUUUUAUUUUUUUUGUAGCAGCUGCGAUUAUUUAAAACAAGACGCAUUUGUACCGGAAGGUACUUCCUGGUUAGGCAUAGAAUUAUCUGUUCCAGCACAAUGCCAGAGGGUCCUGAACUCCACUUGGCCAGCCUGUAUGUCAACAAGAUGUGUGAAGGAGUGGUCUUCAGUGGACCAGUUGUAAAAUCUGAGGUCAGCAAAAGCCCUGAUGUGUCCUUCACCUGUGAGUCGUACCGCAUCACAGCUGCUUCGAGAGGAAAGGAAGUCAAGCUCACACUGACACCAAUUAAGAGUGACGAUGGAAAGCGGCGAUCGAAGGUCACACAAACAGAUCAACCCAUGGACAUAGUCUUUCGUUUUGGGAUGUCAGGUUACUUCCGCUUUACCUCAGAGGAUGAGGUGCCAAAACACGCCCAUCUCCGUUUCUAUACCAAGGAAAAGCCUUGCAGGGUACUGAAUUUUGUAGACGCACGCAGGUUUGGCAGCUGGCAGCCCAACGGAACCUGGCAGCCUGACAGAGGGCCUUGCAUCAUGUUUGAAUACAAAAGCUUCAGGGAGAAUGUCCUGUCUCACCUGAGCGAUCAAGCUUUUGAUCGUCCGAUCUGUGAAGUCCUGCUGAAUCAAAAGUACUUCAAUGGUAUAGGGAACUACCUGAGAGCUGAAAUCCUGUACAGGUUGAAUAUCCCACCAUUUCUGUGUGCACGGGACGCACUGGAAGGCCUUCAGUUGGAGGAUGAAUUUGAGAACAAGAAGCCUUUGAAAAAAGAGCAUACAAAGACAGAGAUCCCAGACAGAGCUAAAAUGAAAGGGAAAACACAGGGAAUGGGUGACCUGCUCAGACUCUGUCAUACAGUUCCUUUAGAGGUGGUCAGCCUAGGUGGUAAGGGCUACGACCCUGAGAAGGUGGACUACUCUGCCUUCGAGGCGUGGCUGCAGUGUUACUAUGUGGAUGGAAUGAAAUCAGUUCGGGACCACAAUGGCAGAACAAUGUGGUUUAAAGGAGACCCAGGGCCUAUGGCACCCAAAGACUCAAAAUCACCCAAGGCAAAAAAGAGGGCAAAGAAAGGCGAUGACCAUGAUUAUACAGCCAAGAAAAAGGUGACCAAAAGUGUGACAGAGAGCACAAUGAAAAGGAGGGCGGUGAAAAAGGAAAUGCCAAAAAAGGAAACUGCACAUGUGAAGGACGCUGUAUCAAAGAAAGGAAAUGCCGAAAAGAAGCAGGAAGGUAUCCAACAGAGGGAAACCAGAGGAAGCACACGCCAAAGGAAAAGCAGCAUGGCACAACCUCCUGGAGGCAGAGAGACACGAAGUGGGAGAGCAACCAGAAAAAACAGCAAAUAAAGUUUCAAUCAAACCGAUCCACGCAGGAAUUUUACUCUUCAAAAAUGUUUUUUUUAAACCAAAUAAACCUUUUUUACAAAAGCA